AUGGACACUGAUCAUAACGAUAGACUAUUUCGUCUACCAUUCAAAUUACCUACAUUCCAUGGGAUAAGGACAUUUGGAGUUUAUUUAUCUGGUAUUUUCUACGCUUUAGGUUUCUGGGUCUUCCUAGAUGCAGUCCUUUAUUCCAAAUAUUCCAAUGCAUCAGAUGUUCAUGUGACAUUUAUAGACUGGAUUCCAUUUCUUUGUAGUACGUUUGGGAUGUUAAUUGUGAAUUCUAUUGAAAAAAACCGUUUACUUCAAGGAGCAUUAAAUAGUGAAGGUGGUUCAUCAUUUGGAGAUGUUGACUCCAAUAUGGCAUGGCAAGCAAGAUCCGUAUUAUUUUGUGGGUUUGCUCUGCUAGCUGGCGGUUUAUCUGGAUCAAUUGUUGUAUUAAUUAUUAAAUUUUUAGUAAAAGAUUACACAAGUUAUCCAACUGUUGGAAUGGGUGUGAAUAAUGUUUUGGGAAAUAUCUUUAUAUUGCUAAGUUGUGUUGUUCUUUGGAUUGCUCAAAAUAUGGAAGAUGAAUACUCUUACUCUCUGACCUUAUAG